UUCCUCUAACUGCAGUCUUGAGAAUGAUUUUUUCCAAAAUUAAAAACAAAGUACUGGAAAUGCUCAGCAGGUCAGGCAACAUCGUGGAGAUAGAAAAGGGGAAAAGGCGAAUAAGCUUCCAUCUGGAGCAAAGCACCAACUCCCAGAGGAAUUCAGCGCAUCCAGCAACAGCAAUGGAGAGGGUGGCCGAUGUUUCAGAUUCACAACCUGCACCAGGAAUUGACUUGAGCAGAUUUUAAGAUGAAGCAAAAGGGGAAGAAAAAUUGGAGAGGAGAUGUGGAAGAUCUGCCUAAAUCCGUUCACCGAGAGAACGAGAAUCAAGUAAACAGCAGUAUGGAUCAGUCAAAUCUCAAAACACCUGAGACUCUCGAAGACCUGAUCAAACAACUCCAUGAUGUGUUCUCCAGCGAUAAAGUCAAUGUGGAGGAUCUGCGGGAACUGAUGGAAUCUUAUAAAAGUAACCCCGCAGACUGGCGUAAAUACGCAAAGUUCGACAGUCACAGAUAUACUCGCAACCUGGUGGAUGAAGGCAAUGGAAAGUUUAACCUGUUGAUCCUAUGCUGGGGAGAAGGCCAUGGCAGCAGUAUCCAUGAUCACUCAAAUGCACAUUGUUUCCUGAAGCUACUUAAAGGAGAGCUGAAAGAAACACAGUUUAAUUUCCCAGACGCUAAUCAAGAGAACCAAGAGCUGACCAAGAAAUGGGAGAAAACCUUUCAUGAAAAUGAGGUUACCUACAUCAAUGACAGUAUUGGACUACACCGUGUGGAAAAUGUGAGUCACACAGAGGGUGCUGUCAGCCUCCACCUGUACAGUCCACCAUUUUACAGCUGCCAUUGCUUUGAUGAAAGAACAGGCCACAAGCAAGAGGUCAAGAUGACUUUCUGGAGCCGAUAUGGUGAAAUAAUUCCUUCUGAAACUGCUGAAUCAAAAGAAAACAACUAAAGAAAAUGGACUAAGAUAAGCUGUGACGUAAACGACAUUUACUGGUGCUUAUGGCUGAAGUCAGAAUAAUAUAUCUUUUGCAAUUUUGCUUAGACCACAUGGACUUAUUUUGUUUAAAUGAAUCACGGAUUUUUAUCUUUCAAUUGUUUGUAUUCACAGAAAUUUCAAAUAGCUCUUGCAUUAUUGCUUCAAAUAACUUUUUUAGCUAUAGAUGUUUCAAUUUUACUCAAAAGUGAUCUUUCCAGGUGUUCUUCACUAGAAUAUUCAUAACUAGCUGAUGGAGCCACUUUGUAAGUGGAAAUUCAAAGGACUAAAAUUUUGAUGCAGAUGUCUUUUAUUUUCUACUGGUGCAAGUAACUAGACAGGCAAGAUUCUCUCUCUACUAUCAUAUGGACUGUGACCCAACGUCCAUCAAUAAUGGUUUCAUGCAUCCACUGUGUAAAGCGAGUGAUUUACAUCUCAUAACAACAUACAGUUACAGAGCUGUGCACUGUAGAAACUGGCCCUUCAACUGCUGAAUGGGAAAUGGAAACAGAUCUGCUGCCAUUCCAGGUUUUCUGCCAGCUUAUCAAUGUUGGGAACAUACAAAUUAUUUGUGCAAUUAUUAAGAGAUAUUUUUCUGGAUGCUAUAUUCACCUAAGUUCUUUUUGCACUGAUCUGAAUGUUGUCAGUUGUAGUAACAUGCUAUAUUACCAAAAUAUUAUAAAAGCAGGGCUGAUAACCAUUAAAAUGAUCAGGUAAAAAGUAAUAAAAAGUAUGGACAACUGUGUGCUUGUAUAAUAAAUCAAGUAUUUACUCACUAAUAUCACAAACAGCAGUUUCUAGAUUGACCUGUCAAGCCAUCAUUGAAACCUUAUGAACCUCAGCAUUGCUUUUAUUUCAAUGUUACUAAAAGUGAAGAAUAAAGUUUACACAACUUU